AUGGCGGCCGACGCAAACAUCGGGUUCAUUGUGAUAUUGAACGGGAUGAUCAAAAAUCCCAUCGCGAUUGGUAGCAUCACCAGGUUGUACACCACGGCCAGCACAAAGUUGGUCUUAAUGCUGCGGAAGGUCUUCUGCGAGAUGUCCAGCGCGCCAAACACGCCGGCGGUGCCGUCCUGGCGGCCAAAGUCGUUCAGCUGCACCUCGUCGGCGGCCUCGGGCUGUGCAGACGAGAGCAUCACCACGUCGGCGGCCUCGAUCGCGAUGUCUGUGCCUGAUGCGAUGGCAAUGCCCAGGUCGGCCUGGAUCAGAGCCGGGGCGUCGUUGAUGCCGUCGCCUACAAACGCCACCUUCAGGCCGCGCUGCUGCAUCUGGUCCACGACACGUAGCUUGUCGUCCGGUCUGGCCUGUGCGAAAACGUUGCUCAACGGAAUCCCCACCGCACGCGACACCGUGCGCGCCGUAUUGGCGUUGUCUCCCGUCACCAUCGACACCGUGUAG